AUGUGGAAUGUUCCUGAGGGUGCUGAGCCUGAAAUCAUUUCAACCAUCAAGAAGACGUUUAACUUUGGUCAGAGUGAAGCAGUUCACUUGUUUCAGACACUGCUGGAAUGCAUGAAAAAAAAAGAACUUAUCACAGUUUUUCAUAUUGGGUCAGAUGAACACCAGGACAUUGAUGUUGCAAUACUUACAGCGUUGUUAAAAGGCACGAAUGCAUCUGCAUUUGACCAGCUUGUUCUUACACUUGCGUGGGAUAGAGUUGACAUAGCCAAAAAUCAUGUUUUUGUUUAUGGGCAGCAAUGGCUGGUUGGCUCUCUGGAACAGGCUAUGUUAGAUGCCCUUGUGAUGGAUAGAGUUGCAUUUGUGAAACUUCUGAUUGAAAACGGAGUAAGCAUGCACAAAUUUCUUACAAUUCCCAGGCUGGAAGAACUUUAUAACACAGGAAAUCUUCCCCCAGGAUAUAAAAUCAACCUGAUUGACGUGGGGCUGGUUAUUGAGUAUCUGAUGGGAGGAACCUAUAGAUGCACGUAUACAAGAAAACGUUUUAGAGCGAUAUACAAUAGUCUCAGCGGGAAUAAUCGGCGAUCUGGGCGAAAUCCUUCAAAUACUACUCCUCAGAUGUGUAAAAGCCAUGAGCCUUUUGGUAACAGGGCAGACAAGAAAGAAAAAAUGCGCCAUAAUCACUUCAUCAAAACAGCGCAGCCAUACAAACCAAAGAUUGACACUGGUGCGGAAGAGGGAAAAAAGAAGAGAACCAAAGAUGAAAUAGUAGACAUAGAUGAUCCUGAAACAAGACGUUUUGCUUACCCUCUCAAUGAGCUUUUACUUUGGGCGGUGUUAAUGAAGAGGCAGAAGAUGGCCCUUUUCUUCUGGCAGCAUGGGGAAGAGUCCAUGGCAAAAGCCUUAGUUGCUUGCAAAGUGUACCGUUCAAUGGCAUAUGAAGCAAAACAAAGUGACCUUGUUGAUGAUACUUCAGAAGAACUGAAACAGUAUUCCAACGAGUUUGGUCAACUGGCAGUCGAACUGUUAGAACAGUCCUUCCGACAAGAUGAAACUAUGGCAAUGAAAUUACUAACCUAUGAGCUUAAAAACUGGAGCAACUCAACGUGUCUGAAGCUAGCAGUGUCAUCAAGGCUUCGUCCGUUUGUAGCACAUACUUGUACACAGAUGUUGUUAUCAGAUAUGUGGAUGGGAAGGCUGAACAUGAGGAAGAAUUCAUGGUACAAAGUGAUACUGAGUAUUUUACUCCCUCCUGCUAUAUUGCUGUUGGAAUAUAAGACCAAGGCUGAAAUGUCACAUAUUCCUCAAUCUCAAGAUGCGCAUCAAAUGGCAAUGGAUGACAGUGAAAACAACUUCCAGAGUCCAGCAGAUGAAAUACCUAUGGAGGUAUUUAAAGAAAUAAGGAUCUUGGACAGUACUUUAGAAAAGCAUGAUAUGGAGACUCCAGCAAAACCUAAAAGACUUCCAAUUACACAGAAAUUUUAUGCAUUUUAUCAUGCACCAAUUGUGAAGUUUUGGUUUAAUACGUUGGCAUACUUAGGAUUCCUCAUGCUCUACACAUUUGUGGUUCUUGUAAAAAUGGAAGAAUUACCAUCCGUUCAAGAGUGGAUUGUUAUUGCUUACAUUUUCACAUCAGCAAUUGAGAAAAUUCGUGAGAUAUUUAUGUCAGAGGCUGGGAAGAUUAAUCAGAAGAUUAAAGUGUGGUUCAGUGAUUACUUCAAUAUCAGUGACACAGUUGCCAUUGUCACUUUCUUCAUUGGGUUCGCAUUAAGAUUUGGAGCAAAGGGCAAUUUUGGUGAAAACACUUACAGAGAAAAUUAUGUCUUUGUUGCUGGACGAAUAACAUACUGUCUCAAUAUAAUUUUUUGGUAUGUGAGAUUACUGGAUUUUCUAGCUGUAAAUCAACAGGCUGGCCCUUAUGUUAUGAUGAUUGGGAAAAUGGUGGCCAACAUGUUUUACAUUGUGGUAAUUAUGGCACUUGUACUACUUAGUUUUGGUGUUCCCAGGAAGGCAAUACUUUAUCCUCAUGAGUCACCAUCUUGGACUCUUGCUAGAGAUAUUGUGUUUCAUCCAUACUGGAUGAUUUUCGGUGAAGUGUAUGCCUAUGAAAUUGAUGUAUGUGCAAAUAAUUCUGAUGAAAAAGUUGCUCAUCUCUGUGGCCCAGGAACAUGGUUGACUCCAUUUCUUCAAGCUGUCUACCUCUUUGUACAGUACAUAAUUAUGGUUAAUCUUCUUAUUGCAUUUUUCAACAACGUGUAUUUACAAGUCAAGGCAAUUUCAAACAUUGUGUGGAAGUAUCAACGCUAUCAUUUCAUUAUGGCCUACCAUGAAAAACCUGUUCUGCCUCCACCACUUAUUAUUCUUAGCCACAUGGCUUCCCUGUUCUGUUGUAUAUGUAAAAGAAGAAAGACAGACAAGACUUCAGAUGGGCCAAAACUCUUCCUGACAGAAGAAGAUCAAAAGAAACUUCAUGAUUUUGAAGAGCUGUGUGUUGAGAUGUAUUUCAAUGAGAAGGACGAUCAAUUUCAUUCUGGCAGUGAGGAGAGGAUUCGAGUCACAUUUGAAAGGGUGGAACAAAUGUGCAUUCAGAUAAAGGAAGUUGGUGAUCGUGUCAACUACAUAAAACGGUCAUUACAGUCUUUAGAUUCACAGAUUGGACACCUACAGGAUCUCUCUGCUCUAACUGUGGAUACUCUGAAAACACUGACUGCACAGAAAGCUUCAGAAGCUAGCAAGGUUCAUAAUGAAAUCACCCGGGAAUUGAGCAUUUCAAAACAUUUGGCACAAAAUCUCAUUGAGGAUGGCUCUCUAAGAUCUUCGGUGUGGAAAAAGCACAGCAUUGGAAAUGUCUUUGGUUCUUUUCCACAAGGAGGCCUUGAAAGUAAUAAUGCUUUACUCUGUAAUAUUCCUUUACGGGAUGAAAAAGAUGCCCAACAUAAGACAAUUGGUCAGGAGUUAGCUCCAGUUCCCCGAAGAGAAGAAAAAAACUUCCAAGAGGCAGGUUCCUCAGGCAGUGCCUUAUUUUCAAAUGCUGUUUCCCCUCCAGAACUUCGCCAGCGAAUACAGGCUUCAGAGACCUCGAAAUCCACUAGUAAAAGUAAAAAAUUAGGCAAUUCAUCCAACAGCAUGCCACAUGUAACAUCCCCAACAGCUAAGUUUUUUGUUAGUACUCCGUCUCGGCCCAGUUGUAAAAGUCAGCUGGAUUCUUCAGCAAAGCAUGAAGAGACUGUUUUCUCUAAGGCUGCAGAAGGAGAUAAUAAUGUAGAAUUUGGUGCAUUCGUGGGUAAGUAUAACAAAGUAGAUUCUGAAUGUCCUGCAGUCGUUAUUAGCUGCUCUUAUCCUCUUGCUUCUGGCUCUGCUUGCCUUGCUUUCACCCAACCUUGUGUUGAAAAUGGAGGAUACGUUAAUUGUGGUUUUAUUCAUGAUGAGAGUGACACUAAUGAUAACUACAGCUGCAGAGUUGACAAAUGUGAUCACCAGUCCACUGUCAACUUAUCGAAGAACAACCCCCAAAUGAAGUUCUCUUUGUCAACUGGCGACUUGACAUCAGCAGUCAACUGUAGCGGCUCACAUGGAAAAUUGAAUAUUAAAGAUGAACUUUCCAAAAGUCAGCAUGUCCAUGCAAUGGAACUACAAACCCAAGAUUUAUGUUCUAACAUCCUUAUGGGACUACUUCAUAAACUGUGGACCAAAUCUAAGCCACAAGGUCACAGAGACAGCAUGGAGUUACAGCGGUUUAAGGAGGUGGCAAGCAAAAUGAAAGAGAGGAGUGCUGAUAUUGAGGAGCAGCAGGAAGACUUCAAAAAAGCUAUACUGGAGGGUAUAGAGACAACCAGACUUCAAGGCCUUCAAACUGACGGUGGUCUAAGACAAUCUAGUUCUUGUGGUGGGUUUACUGACCCUCUGGCAGCCCAUGCAGAACAAUUAUACAGCAAGAGUAGAAGAGCAUCGACUGAAGACACUCAGCAAGUAGACUCCAAAGCAGCAUUACUGACGGAUUGGUUACAAGGUAGACCUUCAAAUAGCGGUCAAAUGCCUUCUGAAGAAGAUGCAUUGAAUGGCAUUGCUUCUCCUUUCAAACCUAUCAUGGAUAUCAAUUACUAUUACUCAGCUGUAGAAAGAAAUAACUUGAUGAGAUUAUCACAGAGCAUUCCAUUUACUCCUGUGCCUCCGAGAGGUGAACCAGUCACUGUGUAUCGCCUUGAAGAAAGCUCUCCCAGCAUCUUGAACAACAGCAUGUCUUCCUGGUCACAACUAGGGCUCUGUGCUAAAAUUGAAUUCUUAAGUAAGGAGGAGAUGGGAGGAGGUUUACGUCGAGCUCUUAAAGUAGUAUGCACAUGGUCGGAGUAUGAUAUCCUGAAAUCUGGACAUCUUUAUAUCAUCAAGUCUUUUCUUCCUGAAGUUGUGAAUACUUGGUCAAGCAUUUAUAAGGAGGACACUGUGUUACACUUAUGCUUGAGAGAAAUCCAACAGCAGAGGGCAGCACAGAAGCUCACCUUUGCUUUCAAUCAGAUGAAGCCCAAAUCCAUUCCGUACUCUCCAAGGUUCCUGGAAGUUUUCCUGUUAUAUUGCCACUCUGCUGGGCAGUGGUUUGCAGUUGAAGAGUGCAUGACUGGAGAGUUCAGAAAAUAUAACAACAAUAAUGGUGAUGAAAUCAUUCCAACUAACAUGCUGGAGGAGGUUAUGCUAGCUUUCAGCCACUGGACGUAUGAGUAUACAAGAGGAGAAUUGUUGGUACUAGAUCUGCAAGGUAAUGUCCUUAUUUUGAAAUUGGGAUUGGGGCCAAGCAAUGUGCCAUUUGAAGGUGAAAUCCCAGAUGAAGUAAUUGAGAUGAGCUGUGGUGUUUGGGAUCUGAAGAGGAAUGAUUACACACCUGACAAGAUCAUAUUUCCUCAGGAUGAAUCCCCUGAAUUGACAAUUCAGCCUGGAAGCUGCACCAAAGAAUCUGAUUCAGCUAAUUCUAUUCGUUUGAUGCUCUAA